AUGUGUGACGACGACGUAGCAGCUCUUGUUAUCGACAAUGGAAGCGGUAUGUGCAAAGCAGGUUUUGCUGGUGAUGAUGCUCCACGUGCAGUAUUUCCAUCUAUUGUUGGUCGACCACGUCAUCAAGGUGUUAUGGUUGGUAUGGGUCAAAAAGAUUCUUAUGUUGGUGAUGAAGCACAAUCAAAACGUGGUAUUCUUACAUUAAAAUAUCCAAUUGAACAUGGUAUUGUUACUAACUGGGAUGAUAUGGAAAAAAUCUGGCAUCAUACUUUUUAUAAUGAACUUCGUGUUGCACCAGAAGAACAUCCAGUUCUUCUCACCGAAGCACCACUUAAUCCAAAAGCAAAUCGAGAAAAAAUGACACAAAUCAUGUUCGAAACAUUCAAUACACCAGCUAUGUAUGUCGCAAUUCAAGCUGUACUUUCACUCUAUGCAUCUGGUCGUACAACUGGUAUCGUACUUGAUUCAGGUGAUGGUGUCACACAUACAGUUCCAAUCUAUGAAGGUUAUGCAUUACCACAUGCUAUUCUUCGUCUUGAUUUAGCUGGCCGAGAUUUAACUGAUUAUUUAAUGAAAAUCUUAACUGAACGUGGUUAUUCAUUUGUUACAACAGCUGAACGUGAAAUCGUUCGUGAUAUCAAAGAAAAAUUAUGUUAUGUUGCACUUGAUUUUGAACAAGAAAUGGCUACAGCUGCAUCAUCAUCAUCACUCGAAAAGAGCUAUGAAUUACCUGAUGGUCAAGUCAUUACCAUUGGAAAUGAACGUUUUCGUUGUCCGGAAGCUUUAUUUCAACCAAGCUUCCUCGGCAUGGAAACAGCUGGUAUUCAUGAAACAACAUACAAUUCAAUCAUGAAAUGCGAUAUUGAUAUUCGUAAAGAUUUAUAUGCUAAUACAGUUCUUUCAGGAGGUACAACAAUGUAUCCAGGUAUUGCUGAUCGUAUGCAAAAAGAAAUCACAUCAUUAGCACCAUCAACAAUGAAAAUCAAAAUCAUUGCUCCACCUGAACGCAAAUACUCCGUAUGGAUUGGUGGUUCAAUUUUGGCCUCAUUAUCAACCUUUCAACAAAUGUGGAUUUCUAAACAAGAAUAUGAUGAAUCAGGUCCAUCAAUCGUUCACCGAAAAUGCUUUUAA